CCCCACCCCUGGUCACCCUGCCUGCUGCAGUACUGAGCCGACAAAAAUGGCUGACCUUCGAGCUCCGUCUACGGUUAACUCUGCCAACGGUUCUGCGGCAUCCACACCAACCUCACACGAUGACACAAUGGCAGCAACCACAACCCUACAGGAUCCCCAUGACAGAAACGUGAAGUCGGAAAAGAUCGUCUUCAAAAGGAAGGCUAUUGGAUCAUUAAAUCGUGAAAAGUUUUCCGAUGUCCCAUAUGUCGCUGUAUCUGCUGACAAUAAGAUCUUUGUGACUAGUGUCACUGGGCAGAUCCAAAUCUUCGCCAUGAAUGGGGCGUUCCUCCACUUCUUCUCAACAGUGGUACCGGGCGAAAACAUGCACAAAAUAAUGUACCCUUGUGGUCUUGCAUUUGACCAAAAGGGUCAUCUGUGGGUGGUGGGACGAGAAGGUAGCAAAGAUCGUGAUUCUCAUUUCAAUACGACCGUGGUGCAGUACAGUCCGGAGGGCCUGCCGCUGACCACGUUCCAGGUACGAACCUUUGAAUCUGAGUGGAACAAACGCAUGUAUGAUGCUGUGGGCACGGGCAACAACACAAUCAUCGUGACUGUGAAUAACGAUGUGAGGUCUGAAAUUGUCAUAUUUCUGCCAAACGGCUCGCUUUAUCAAAGAUUUGCAGUUAAAGACAUUUCAGCCAUCACUGCCGUGGUAUCAGACAGAGAUGGGAACAUUCUUACUACAGACAGUUUAAAUCACAUUGCUCGGGUACUGAAUCGCUCAGGACAUGAGCUGUUUCAAUUCGGAGGUUACGAUCUCAUGGGAAGCGACGAAGGUGUGUUGCGAUCACCGCACGGUAUCUGUGUGGACACGUUUGGUCACAUCAUCGUGACAAACUAUGGAAACGAACGGGUAGACAUGUUCACACGCCUGGGAGAAUUUGUCCGCACUGUUGCUGAUUCGAUCAUGGCGUGGAGCCUCGCCAUUGGACAGGGUGGACAGUUGGUGGUAACUGACAGGUACCGACUGAGUGUAACAGUUUUUCCACCUCAGACGGUACUUUCGUAAUGUUUGAACUUUGUGAAAGAGUUGGACUUUACCUUUUAUGACAAACAAUGUUUUAGUUCACUCUUCCCCCUGCUCUUUAAUGUAGAAGCAAACGAAUCCCAAGAAAUGGCUAACAAUCUUGGAAUCAAUGUAAAUAUCUGUUAUAGAUUUAUAAAGACUUCACACUUGACAACAACGGUGCCUCCGAAGGUUACAUAACAUAACGUUAGAGAUUGAAUCACAAACGAGAAGAUGUAUCAAUGGAGUGAGACAAAACUUCUUCGCACCACCCUUACAGAAAGGCUGAUAAAGUACACAGGAGAUGUGCUUAGAAUGCCUGUGGAUAGACACGCUAAAACAGCACUGCACUGGCAACCUUACAAUGGAAAAAGAAAACGGAGAAGACCAAAUUUACUAGUAUGUUGGAGGCACAUGCUACAGAGGGACCUUGGCAAAUUGUGAAUUAAGUGAAGGAAGCGGAAACCAUUUGCC